UGUUUUGCUCACACAAAGACUGAGGAAAAACAGCUGCCCCUGAGGACGUGGGCAAACCACUGUGUUCUGAAGGAGCGCAGAGUGUUUGAAGGCGAGGAGGUGCGACUGGGGCAGUGCUACAAACAUGCUCCGGAGAAUCGAUGGGUUCGAAGGCUUCCUAUCUCUGCAGAGGAUGGGAUCAUAAUGGACUACGCUCAACAAGAUGAGUCCGCGUCUACAGAUGUCUAUGAAGAAGAGGCUUUGCUGAAGUAUCUUCACCGGUUACCCGGUCCACCUAGUCUGCGAGAACUUAUGCCUGGUCUUCUGCGCAGAGAGGUGGAGGUGGCCAUCAGUAAGCUGGGGCUUCUCUAUGACAAAACCUACGCUUGGGACAUCUUCGUAGACAUGAUGAGAAGUCAGCUGCUUUGCACUCUCCCAAACACUGACCUGCCCAAGCCUUUCACUAACACUACAAGAGCCAUCCUAGUGGAUUGGCUAAUUCAAGUCCAUGAAGUGUUUCAGUUUUCUGAGGAAACGCUCUAUCUAGCAGUUCACCUGUUGAAUCGAGCACUCCGACUUAUUAAAGUCUCCAUCACUGGUCUGCAGUUGCUCGGUGUGGUUUGCCUCUUCCUGGCUGCUAAGAAAGAGGAGUGUCUUUUACCAGAGGUGUCCGAGCUGUGCUAUCUGAUGGAGAACGCUUACAGUAAGAAACAGCUGUUGCGGAUGGAGAGGAGAGUUUUAAUUGGACUCAAGUUUGAUCUCUAUUACUGCCCUCCACUUCACUUUCUUCUCAUCUCUGCUUCUAUAGCACGCUGCAGUGACAAGGUGGUUUGGAUGGCUCGGUAUCUGUUGGAACUCUCUCUUCUGGAGGGACAGUGUGUGGUUUAUCUACCUGCUCAGCUGGCAGGUGCUGCCCUCCGUCUGUCCCGCAGGGUCCUGCAGGAAACUCUGUCUCCUGAGGGAGAGACUGCCUGGUGUAUUGCCGCCAGUAUCCAUAUAGGCAGUGAAGCCAUUCUCUUCAGUAUAAUGCAGAUCAUGGCUAUGUCAGCAGCCAGAGCACAUGGGCAUGAGACCCGUGCCACCUUCAUCAAGUUUUCCACCAUACAGACCCUCCAUGUCAGUAUGCACCCAGCCCUCAAGACCACACCUGGCCUACUAGGACUGCCGUGCACCCAGACGUGAAGCCCCAACAGAACCACAAAGAGGACAGCAUGAACAAAAGAGGUUUCAGGAUGGGGUUCACAAGGUUGUCUGAGGAGAGCAAGAAAUUUGACCAGUCAGGAGUGUUGAAGGUGUUGUACAAAUGUCUGUGAAAUUUAAAGAACACUUCCAUGAAACGGUUUAUUGGACUGAAUUGUUACUUUUUUAUAACAAUCUUAUGCCACUUGAUGUAAAAAAACAAAAUAAUUUUGUAUUUGUCUGAUGUAGCUUUUAAGUGUUUAUCAAUGCUUCUGGUGAAAACUUUAUGUAUUGGAAAAGGUGUCUUGUGGAAUUAAAGCACUUUGAGACGUGUAGUGUUUUUAAGUGUUUUGCCAGUUUUUUUUUUUUUUUUUUUAAUUGUGCAAAAUAAAAAUAUA